CUUGAUGGCAACAGCACAACAGCUCCUUCCCCCUCCUGUCACUUAACUUGAUACGUAUGACAGUUUUAGUACCUGGAGUUAGAGAAAGAAUACUGGGAUUUCCUUCAUUCUUCCAUAAUUUUUUAAAUUUAUAAGCUAAAAUCUUACUAAUUCACCAUGGUAUUUUCUUUAAUGAAUUGAUAUUAUUGCUGUAUAAAUUAAUAUUAAUAUUUGAAAAUAGUAAAUCAUUUAUUUAUCAUACAAAAAAACAUACAUCUUUGUAGUAGAGAGAGAGAGAAUUAUUAUUUUUAUUAUGUGAUGUAAUUUCAACUUAUUAAACUUACUAAUACAGUAUUAAUCAAAAUUAAUAUUUGAAAAUUAGUAAAUCAUUUUUGUAUCAUAAAAAUGUAUUUAGUCAUGAAAAUAAACAUCAAAAUACACUAAUUAGUGAUUAUUUUUGUCAGAAAAAUCCGCGAAUGGGCGAGUCCAUCCACGAAUAAUUUCUAGAUAGGUUCCAAAGAAAAAUCCGCGAAUGUGUGAGUCCGCGAAUCCGGAGAACGCGAAUACGGGGGGACCACUGUAGACUGGAAUAUCUGGGAAAGGAUUUAUCUCUUCCCUCCGGUGAACCUACUAAUGAAGGUCCUGAACAGGACUUUCAAAGGUCAGAUCACACUAGUAGCUCCCAACUGGCCCAAGAACAAUUGGUUCCCUCUAUUAGUGGAAUUGGGACUCCGGCCCUGACGGAUUCCCAAUCCCAAACUGACGCAGUUGGUACAAACGCGGACUGUGUCCGCUUCCUCAGGAAUUCAGAAAGCCCUAACUUUAUGGACUUCAUGAAGUUUGCGGCACAGAAAGAUGCCAACAUUGAUCCUCAAAACAUCCAGUUCCUAGAAUCAGAUAAACGAGAAUCAACACUGCGUCAAUGUGAUUCAGCGGUGAAGAAGCUAGCCACCUUUUUGAAAGACACAGGAGCACAAACCAUGACUACGAAUCUGGCGAUAACCUUCUUCAGAACCUUGUUCGAGAAAGGAUUAGCAGCUAGUACUAUUACUACAACCAAAUCAGCACUAAGAAAAUAUUCCAAUUUGGAUUUAAUAUUGAUCUUACAGAUUCGUAUUUUUCCUCUAUUCCUAGGGCUUUUGCUCGACUUAGACCAAUAGAUAGACCUCGAACGGUCUCCUGGUUCUUAAAUGAUGUCCUUAAGCUAGCUUCGGACACUGUUAAUGAGUCAUUUACUUAUAUAACGCUCCUAAGGAAAACAUUAUUCCUAAUAAGUCUGGCCUCAGGAGCUAGAUUAUCUGAGCUGUCGGCCCUUUCUACGGAACCAGACCAUAUUGAGUUCCUCCCAUCAGGAGAAUUAUUACUUUUACCAGAUCGUCAAUUUUUGGCUAAAAACGAAGACCCACAAGAUAGGUGGGCCCCAUGGAAAAUUGUCCCUCAUCCUUAGGAUUUGUCCUUAUGUCCAGUUAAUUCAUUAAAAGCCUAUUUAAACAGAACCGCCAUGAAAACUUCAGGCCCCUUGUUUAUUAGGGAAAAUGGUGGAACCAUCUCCCUAAAAGGAAUCAGACAGCAGAUUCUAUAUUUUAUCAAACAAGCUAACCCGGAAUCAAUUCCGCGAGCACAUGAUGUCAGGGCGGUAGUUACAUCAAUUAAUUAUUUUCAACACAUGAACUUUGACGAUCUCAAAAAGUAUACAGGCUGGAAAUCACCGACAGUAUUUGAACGCCACUACCUAAAAUCCAAAGAGGCCCUUAAAUUCCCAGCAGUGGCAGCGGGAAUCACAGUUUCCCCUGACACUGCAUAGCAUGGUAGUAACUAGUCUUCUAAGUAGCCUAUGUCUCUCUCUCAUCUCUCUCUCCUACCUGCCUCGCUAGCAUUCUUGACCUUAGCUCGGUUGUUACUGGGUUGCACACUUUAACCUGAUUUUCAUCUGCAUUGUAUUAUGAUCUUUAUUGCUCGUACAUAUGGUUAUCUGGUGCAAAAUUUUGUAAAUAAAUUCCUGUUUAGUUGUGUAGGAUUCAUUUAAUGUUAUAUGUCGGGUUAUACAACCUUAUUAGUAGAUAAGAACUGUAGUUUAAGAAUAUCAUUAAAAAUCUUCAUAGCAUUAAGGAAAUUUAUUAAGUAUUUGUAGAUUGAAUAACUUAUUAAAUAAUAUUUAAUAAUUAUAUAUACAGGUUUCAAUUUCCUUACAGUAAUUUAUCUACACUAACUUUCCAAACUGGUGGGGCCAAUUCUCUGUUACUAUUUCACGGAGCGACACAGGGUAGGCCCAGAAAAGGGAUUUUGACAAAGGAAAAAUCUAUUUCUGGGCAGUGACCUGUGUCGCCCAGUGAAACCCACCCUCUAAUUUCCACACCCUAAUCUGCCCCAAGCUUUGGUGCUAUCUACAGGAAUGGUAAACAAAGCGCUAGCCAUAGCAGUAGUGGGUAGCGGGAGCCUAGAACGGCUCCUCUGUAGACGAGGGAUAUUGAGAAAGGAAGAGACUAAAUGGCAGGGGACCUCUGGUAGUGGUUACACUCACCCCAGAUACCAUACCGACACCUUAAAUAAAGGUGAGCGAGCCAGAAUAUUCUGGCAUUGCCAUAUAGCUUUUUUCUCUGGUAUAUUUAGCAAUAUUUAUACCUAGAAAUGAGUGCUAAAGGAACCAUUUCACUGGGUGACACAGGUCACUGCCCAGAAAUAGAUUUUACCUUUGUCAAAAUCCCUUUUUAUUAUAAAAAUGUCAUUUUUGCUUAUCAGCACCCAGCUCAGAAUGGAACCCCCAUUGAUAACCAGGGACAGCCUGUAUAUGUAUAUUGAUUUUUUAAAUGAUAAAAGAAAGAUCACACCGGGAAUAUCGUGAUUAAUGGCUAGUCAGUAAGAGCUCACAAACAUAUGUCUUCAUCGGAAGAUGGCCAAAAGCAAAGUGGAGUGCCUACAUCCGGGCAGGCAGGACUACUCACCGACUACUCACCCACCAGAUGGUAGUUACUGCCUAACCACCUUGUUCAAGAACUUAACGGCUGUAUUCCAGCCUAUGCUGAAUGUAAUUCCUAAUGUAAAUGACCAAGGGUUUGUAUAUCGUGCAGGAAUAACCAAGUACUAUUCUAAUUUUUUUGCACAAUCUUUCGAACACCUGCAGACAUGCCUGUAAAAGCUAUAUAAUGGAGAGGGAAGUAUUUAUAAAAUAGAUACUAAAUUAAGUAUAUUUUUAUUUUAUGCAAGUACAGUCAGAAAAUGAUCUAAGAUGAAAGUACAGUAGAUGCAGUAACAACAAACACGAACAUGCAUGUGGAUGACGUGCUUUUCAAGGACUGAAGCUGAACAUGAAUAGGGAGUGAAAGGUGUAAGGGUCUUUACUCACCUGAGGGGCUCUCAUCAUCUGUAAUGAAAUCAGACUGUAUUGCAUCAUAGUUUCAAACGGACGACGUACGUAUCUACAAUGCAAAUAUGACAGAGAAUGAUUUACCAUUGCUGUCAAAUAUAAGUGACAGUAGAGCAAGACAUUACUUAAUCAGUUUAAACCCCUCUUUUGAAACUAAAGUAUUUUUAGGUCGUGUGAUCAUAUUUUUUGAAGUUACAAGUCCUUGUGAAAAAAAAGGCAAGUGCUGCACACGUAAAUGUUUUUGCAACAGUGGUGGAGAAGUGUUAGAUAUAUCCAAGGUGGAAGAAAAUACUCUUACAGGUGGAAGGAUUAUUGAUGAUAAUACAAAUGCAGAAGUGAGUUCAAGCUUUCAUGGAGAAUUAGAUGAUAUUCCAGACUUUGAACUUAUUUUAGACUGUUGUGAUAUAAAUGUAAAACUUGUGAAAGAAGUGUUAUGCAAUAAGUGUGAAGUUGAAAAUUAUCUAGAUCCAAAUCAUUUACGAAAUUGUAGUAACGACAUAAAGUUUUGGAUCGGUAAGAAACAAAGUCCUCUUCAGUUUGAAGUGAGUGAGUGGUGCCUCAAGAUUGUGAAACCUGGAAUCAAGUGUGUUGAAAAGUUCCCACAGGUCGUUUAUAUUGAAUAUGAGACAACACCUAUUGGAAAAUCAGUCUUCUGGCAAAAUGACCAAGAUGGGUACUCUUGUGUUUAUACUCCAGGUGCACCAAUCAAUAACCGUUCACUUUUACCCUGUCAAGACCCACCUUCAGCAAUGGCUACAUGGCAAGCUUGGAUAACUGUGUCUGAAGGUUAUUAUGUUUCCAUGACUGGAGAUGAAGUGCAGACUUUGUGUUCUGGAACAAAGGCAGACAAUAAAAGUGAAGUAUCAAGUGAAAAUAAUGUACCUCAAAGUUCACUGAAAUUGAACCCUGUAGUCAGUGAAUUACUUCCAAGUGAAGUUAUGUUGACCGGUAAAUCUCAGAAAUGCUUCUAUUAUUGUACUUCAAUGGUCUUACCAAUCGCAACCAUUGCUAUUGCAAUUGGCAAAUGGUCAGUGAGGAAAGUCAUUAUGCCAAAAUUAGUUUCAGAAAAACAAUGCAGUGAUGCUAAACAACAGAAAUUAAUUGAUUCAUUAAAAAAUAUUUGCAAACACUAUGAAUACCCAUGUCAUAUGAAAAAAGACUGGACCAGUGAUACAAAAAUCACUGUUGUAUAUCCUAAAUCUUUUUCUGAACUUACAAUAAAAGCCUUGUGUAACUUUUUACCUUGUGCUGUAAAAGCUGCAGUCCAGUUACUGAGUGUAUAUCCUUGUCAUAGAAUAGAAGUUGUUAUCUUACCUCGAAAUUUUGGAAGUUUGGGAUUAGCUUCACCGAAUCUCAUAUUCUUGUCACCAUCUAUUGCUAUAGAUGAUAUCUCGGCUUUUAUUCGCAUUGCACAUGAAAUCAGCCAUGCCUGGUUUGGAAUAAACAUAGGUGCUCAAGAUUGGACAGAGGAAUGGAUUAGUGAAGGAUUUGCUACCUAUAUGGAAGAUCUCAUUUUUACUGAAGCAUAUUUGGAAUAUCAGAAGGGCCUGUUUUCAGAUUUAUGUGGCAGAAAUACUGCGUCUUCUACGAUGGUGACCCGUACUCAGCUAGCCGAACUAGCAGACGUGAGAGCACAUCUAAGGUACCGAACCCUACAAAGUGAACUUGAAAAUUCCAGUGAAGAUCUUCAGAGACUGCAACCAAUGCAGGGAGAAAGUCUCGUUGAACAGGGCAUCAAUUAUGUGAAGGAUGGAUUGAAUCCUGAGAAAACAUUCUUGCAGAUUCACUACCUUAAAGGUUAUUUUCUACUCAGGUUUCUAACAAAAAUUGUAGGAAAAGAAGAAUUUAGUAAAGCAAUGACAGCAUAUGUAGUUCAUUAUCAUGGGCAACUGGUAUUAUCUGAGGAGAUAUUGAACUUUUUCAUUGCAAAAUGCCCCAAAAUUUUGGAAGAAAUAUCUUUAGCAUAUUUAUUAAAAAACUGGCUUCACCAGCCUGGGUUAAAUAAGGAAACAGUUGAUAUGUAUGGAAUGAUUUCUAACAGUCUUACAUUACAAGUACUGGAACAUUUUCAUUUUUGGGAGAUGUUCAAUAACAAAUUUUUGACUGGUUCAGGUAAAAAGCUAAAGUGCGAAUUAUAUCCGUUAAUGUUUCCAGACCAAGUGGUGUUAUUGUUUGAAUAUUUAAUGGACAUGCCAAAAAUACACAGUAGAAUUCUGAGUAAUAUCUAUGUUCAUUAUAAAAUUACAAAAAUGAAUGCUGAUGUUCGACACAGAUGGUGUGAACUUGUGAUAAAACACAGCUUCCAUGAUUUAUCUGAAGUUGAAAGAUUUUUGCUUAAUGACCAGUCGAUGGGUGUAUACUUGUAUGGUGAAUUAAUGAUAACAAAGAGAGCAAACCAUAGGAAAUUAGCACAGAAAGUUUUUUCUACCUCAAAAGAUCUUAUGGAUGAAAAUACUUGUAUAAUCGUUCAAACAAUGUUGUAUGGGGAGUGAAAUUUCUUUGGGUUUGAUGAGUAUGCAGACAGGGUGAACGUCUUGUUUCCAAAUGUAUUUUCUUGUUAGUAGUAAGAGUAAAUAGUGUAGCUAUUUUACAAUGAAUUACUGUAAUACCUCAAUCUUACACAAUUCAAGUUGCACGAAUUCACAAUAAAGACCAUGAGCUAGGACAACCCCCCUCCCCGCUCUUCUUUAUACCUGGGACUAUUUUUCCUAGUUAAUUUGACGCUUAAGCUUUCAGAAAAAGUCCUGUUACUCAAGCGAUUUCAGGUUGCAAGCACCCGUAAAUUGCUAUCAAAGUUUGCAAUUAGUAUAUUUUUUUUUUGGCAUCACUUACAAACAAAAUCUGUUUCUGGGGGCAGAAUAUUUUUCUUUUGAAUAGACCUUAAUGUGUACCAAAAUGAAGCUUAUGAAAAGUAUUUUUCAUUAAGAUAUAGUAUCUUUAAAUAACUUGCAUAUAGUAUACAGCAUAUGUACAUAAAAAUGUUCAAGAAUGAAUAUUUUUGAUUGAUACGAGAAAAUAUCUUUGAUUAUAAACACUUUGAUAUUCUUAAUAAUGAUAUAUUAUUAAAGAUAUAUAUUUUACAUUUUAUUAGCUUUCUUUUGACGUGAAAAUUACACAAUCAAUGUAAAAUUAAUUAUAGCUAGAGCCGCCUCAUUACCACGAGAUCCGCAAAUAUUGGCCAUUAUGUAAAAUUCCCAUUUUGGGUAAAAAUGUUUGUUGGAGACCUGUGACCUUGAGUAAUUACAUGUAUCUACCAAAUAUGGCCAGAAAUAAAUUUUAGUGGAAUUAGAGUGGUUAAAAGUCUAUUGUUGGCCGAGUGGUUUAAUUAUGUCUGUUUGUUAAUACACAUAUACUAAUAACAAUAGAAAUAACUGUCAGACCACUGAAAUUAGUUUCUUUGUCAGAAUACAGUAAAAUGGAUGACAAACUAAUUAAUUUGGAAAAGCAGUAUGUAUUCUAAAUGUCGUCUAAAUACUGAAUGCAUAGUUCACUAUGAUGCUGUGAGAGAUGACAAAUGUACUCUAUUGACCUCAAAAAGUCUUUCAGCGAUACAGAGUGCUGCUAAAAUCAAACAAUCUUUUUGGCGCACAGACUAUGAAAGACAACAUGACAUUUGCCAUAGUCUUCCAUCUGCUUUGCUUCAACAUCAUGAAUAUCAUAAACAGUGCUAUCAAAGGUUUACUAGUGCAAUAGGCUCCAAAAGCGGAAGCUGGUGAAGAUGGUUCUGAUUCUGAGCAGGCUAAGAAAUACUAUUCUAACAAAAAGAGGAAGCGCAGUCAUUCAUCUAGUGAUCAUGACUUAUUACCACAAAAAGAGGGCAUAUUUUUGGUGAAAGAGUGAAAAAAAGACUGCCAAAAAAUUUGAAGAUCUAAAAAAGGUUGUCCAAAAUCCCUGAAGAUGCUAUCAAAUCAAGAGCAGAGGCAGUUCAGAAUAUUAAAAUCAUGGCACUGAAGGAUGUUGACCUUGUUGCAAAGAAGGCCAGAUAUUACCUAUCCUGUUAACAUCAUUUUAUCCCUCCAGAAGGUCCUUCAUCAAAGUCAGACACUGAUAAGGCUAUGCAUUUGGCUCAUGAGAAUGCAUUUUGAUAUAUGUGUAACCAUGUUGAAGAUUCAAUCAUUCAUGGAAGCAAUGAUGAACGGAUGAAUUUGCUAAAAGAGAAGUACCUCUUGUAUAUGCAUGAAAAUCAUCGCAAGUUCUACAACAUUGAGUAUGAAACAGACAAGCAAAAAAACAAAUUGAUAAAGCAUUUUAGCAACAAAAUUCAAUUUUGUAGGCCAAAUUAUCACAGUAAACUCGUCUAUUCCCUACUGUUCCAUCUGGUCAAGGUGUGGAGGCUGCUUUUGAAGCUGCUGCUUCUGACUCUAGGCUGCUGGAAGAAGCUGCUCUUAUUCUUUGUCAAACAAUUAUGUCUUCCUACAGCUCCUCAGAGAGCUGCCCUGGACUCCUCCGACAGGCAAAAUUAUUAAAGACAUCAAUCCCCCUCCAACAUUGCUAUAGUACUUCACUGAAUUACUGGUAAAACUAAAGGCCAUCUCAUUGACUCAUUAUGUCAUGAUAUAAUGUAUGCUGUCACAAAUGGACAAUGGGUUACCUCCAAAUAUUUACUUAUGGCUAUAACCCUCUGGCAUCUUACUGGGAAAGCAAAGAUCACAUUUCUAAAUUGUUUUGGUCAUGGUGUUUCAUAUUCAAGUCUUAGAGGCAUUGACUGCAAUAUUCAUUCAAGUCAAAGAUCACCCUGGCCCCUUACCUCCAAAUGUCGAUGCAACAGUGACUUCUCUUGUUCAUUUUUUAGUUUGACAACUUUGACCUCCAAGAAGAAACACCAUCUGGGAAAGGAACGACUCAUACAACCCAUGGUCUUAUUUGUCAAGAGGAAGUCAGUACUAUCAAUGAUGAUGAAGAUGGUGCUGGUUGUCAUGAUGCGGAUGCUAGUGGUGGUGGUGAUUAUUAUGAUGACAAUGUUGAACGACCUGUGGUGAAGCCAAAAGGAUCAAGUGCUCCUAAACUGAGAUUUAUUAACCCUUUACUGCCGACUGGACGUAUUUUACGUCGACAUUUUUUGUCUCUCGUGUGCCGACUGGACGUAUUUUACGUCGACUUACAAGUUUUUUUUUAAAUUCGCGGAAAAAUACUUAUAGGCCUACCAGCCUAAAACUUUUGAAUCACGCGCCUUGGGGGAUGCUGGGAGUUCACGGAUUCAAGGUGUUGUUUUGUUUACAAUCGUUACGCAGGCGCGCAAGCGCGAAUUUCUUUCUUGCCGCACUAAAAAGUAUCUGUGACACAUCUCGGAAAUUAUUUUGUCACUUUGACAUAAUUUUUGUACCAUUGUAAAUUAGCCGUUACAUGAAGUAUUAUA